UGAAGCUGUGUUCAACCAGCAGCAGUCUCCUCUCAUUGUCUCAAUGGCUGCACACGCAUUCGCUCCCUCGCCUUGCUGUCCACUCUCAGCCGGCCUGGGCACUCCUUCGCUGAUGAAGAAUUUCAGCCUGGACUUAUCUAUGACGAAGUGCCUGAGAUCCUGGACAGAAGCAAAGAGAACCCCCAUCAAGCAACAAGAGUCACAUCAUACAUAGAUGGAGAGUACGGCUUACAAAGUGAGGAUGUUGUUUUGACGCCUGAAGAUGAAAACCCACUUAGGAGAAUACUGCAGCCUUUUAGAUGGCACCACCCUGGAAUGUCUAUGAGUAAAAGGAAGCUGCUCCAGUCUCUGAUGGGGCCUUAUGGCCCGCUCAGCGUGUCUUACAAUGGAAAGACUUGCAUAUUGUUCAAGGCAAAGCGCCUGGCGAUCCGCUACAGGAACCACACAUUUAUUGACCUGACUGAGAGGGUUUUCAACCCCAACUCACCUGUGGACACUAAAGGUUCCAUCUGCACCAAGGACAAAGCCACACUUUCGUUAAAGUUUGGUGACGUGGAGGACUUGCGAGGUCUUGUAAUCAGGCUUCAGAUGUCCAACACUUUCUAUGAGGCAGCGGGGCAAAACUGGUUCACGCUGGACAGCGUUCACAUCCACUACAACUGGACCCAGGAGGCUGUGUUCAAUGCCAGCAAGGUCUACGCUCCUGCCACUUCAUCCUACCACUGCCAGCACGUCAGCAGCCUGCACAAAUAUGACACGCUGCUAGUGCCCAGCUCCCACACUGACACAUCCGCUAACUGGCACAUCACUUUCACUGAUUUCCAGAUCCAGGCCUUCAAUGUGCAAUCAGACAAGUUUGCGUCAGCCAGUGACUGUGCAACUUUCUUGACACCAGCCAUCCUGAUGGGCUUGGUGACAUCUUUAAUCCUGCUCCUUGUAUUAGCCUACGCCCUCCACAUGGUGGUACACCUUAAGCACAUUGACCGCUAUGAGGAGCACAAAGCCACUGUCUACUUUCCCCGUAGUCCAGAGGCAGAGUUACCAGACAAAAACAGCCUGUAAAGGAGAAUGAGGAGCCAGAGGAUGACGAGGGGAGUGACGGGGAAGGAGAAAACUGAGAAGUAAGGCAGAGGGGAAAGCAAAUGACCACAAGAGUGAAAAAGUAUCUUCCACUGAAUCUUCGCUCAACAAAAUGACAUCUUUGCCUGUUCAUGUUAAAACCUAAGUCUUAACUACUUCAAGUAAAUGCAGACCGUGGCUGGAUACUUUUUCUUCUUUCCUUACUGACCUGCAUCUCCUUGGAUGUCCAAUUCUCUCCUAGAGAGGGCUCAUAGCCCUCAUGUCAAAGGUCAGUGUCGGUCAGUGUCUGUCCUGGGGCCCUGAAGGGUGGCAACAUAAACGUGUUGAUCCCAGCCAACCGAUGAAAUGAGAGGCUUGCAGCGGUAGCUAAUACAGCUAACUCAGAUGCUCCAGCUUAACUGUAUGUAUUACAUGGCUCAUACGUGUCAUAUUACAAGCAUCUAUCGUGAACAUUGUCUUUACAGCUUCCAUUACAGAAUUCUUUGUCUAUUACUGCUGCAAGAAAUCAAAACUUCAAACAGCCAGUUUUAUAGCUGAGAUAGCCUUAUUAGCUGCAUGCCCUAAUAAGCUAGCUGUUCUACCUGGGCUAGCACAGUGUUUCCUAAUAAAAAUGAUUGGGAGGGUUCUUGGUUGAGACACAGCUUAACAUAGUAAAGUACUGCACAAAGCAAAACGAGUCGAAGAAGCCUUUGAGCGCAAGGAAAGAGAAAUAUCAGGAACCACUGGUCUAGCAUCUGGCUGGAGUGAAUGGACCAACUCUUUUGGCCCUUCAGAGCCUCUGGCUUCUCUUACCCCGUCCCUGAACAAGACUGCUGCUUGCUACUUAACUGUGAAAAGGCCUUUUACAGACCAGCCAGACGAGGGGGCUCUACAAACUAGCACAACAUUUGUUAGCUGCAAUAGCACUAACAAAGGACUAUAAAAGACUAUACAAGGAAUUAUGCUGCACAAGAUGGCCCGUCUGACAUCAUGGCAGGCAUGCAGGUUUUGGGAUGCAACUACAUAUUUGAAGCAAUUGUUUGAACAACGGAGGCUGUGCAUCCUCCGUCUUCACCCCUGGAACUGACUGCCAAAGUGAAGCUACGAAAAUAGUUGCCAUUGUACAUGGUGAAAGACUGAAACAAUGUGAAAAUGAAAGCUAACCAUUACAGCUAUGUACAAAACAAAAAAAACUCAUUCAUGUACAGAUGUGUCACUCUGCGGAGAUCUUUUUUUAUAUUCAGUGUAAUCAUGAAAUACUAUUAGGUACAGGUUGAUUAUGUUAAUCCUCAUAACCAAACGCUGUAGAUAUGUCAAAAUCUCUAUAUGAUCAUAGCCGUUUACUACUAAAUACUGCACAACUCAUAAACCUAGGUGAAAUUGUGCUAUGAGGAUUGGUUAAUGCAUCAAUGCAUAUGAUUUUUUUUCUUUUUCUUUUUUUUACAAAAGGGUGAACAUGUUGAGUGUAAAUUACAGUGCAAAUUUUUACCAUAGACAGACAAUACCAUGGAAUGCCGUCCAAUCAUAGGGACCUUUAGAUGCCAUUAUUUUGCCAGAAGCCACAUUAGCAGCUGUAACAGCAUCAGUAAGACAUUACUACUGAUAAAAACAAUCAGCAUGACAGUAAAUAGAUAUCUUAACAUUCAAUAUGGCAGUUCUGUCAGUCUGUAGCAGUGUGAAAUGUGUUCUUUGGUCAUAAAUGUAUCCUAAAAAGUAUGAGCUGAUUGGAGGCAGUUGUCUAAUGACCAACUGGUGUAGAUUGAACAAUAAACAAAGUUCUGAAG